AUGGAGCUGAACAUGAGCUUUGCAAACACCAGUGUGGCCCCCGCCCCCCUGGUCGAGCAGUGUGACCGCAGUGACUUUGACUUCACGUGGGUCCCUCCCUACAUCUACACCAUUUCUGCUCUGGGCAUCCUCUUCAACCUGCUGGUGCUGCUAGUCUUCCUGCUCCACAAGAAGAACUGUACAGCCACUGAGAUCUACCUGAGCAACAUGGCCGCCGCCGACAUCCUGCUCAUGGUCUUCAUCCCCCUGUGGGGUGUGUCAGCGGCUAAAAACUCUGCGUGGCCUUUUGGUGACAUUUUGUGUAAGACUUGUAGCGUUCUGGUCAUCAUUAACUAUGAUUGCAGCAUCUAUUUUCUCGUCCUGGUGUCCAUCGAUCGCUUUACGGCGUUGGUGUACCCUCUGACACAGUGCAGGCUGCGCAGACAGCUCCAAAGAAACGAGUCCGAGUGUGAGAAUGAGAUGGAAAACUAA